CGGCGCUGUAAGGGCGAGGAUCAAGUGGCUGCCAGGGCCUGUGCUGUUACUGUUUUGCUGAGCACAGAGGAAUGGGAUCAGGCUUGGGUUGUUGAUUGGUGAUGAAUUGGAGUUCCCUCUUUGCUUUGAUGAAUGAGAGAACUCGAACCUGUGAGAGAAGAGCAGUUGCUGCAAAAAUAGCACUGUUCAAACAUUCUGAAUGCUGGGAUGGAUCGCAACCCAUCUCCACCACCAAGUGAUGAAAGCACUGAUGAGACAACCAGAGUUGAUGCAAUUGGGAACACAGUGUACAGCAAGCACUGGUUGUUCAGCACACUCAUGAAGCUGAUUGAGCUUGUCUGUCCAGAAGGUGAAGAGGCAGAAGGAUCAGAUUCCAGAACAGAGACAGAACUGGAUGAAGAUCUGGAGAAUGAGAUCUGUAAAAUGUGGGACAUGUCAAUGGAUGAGGAUGUUGCUGUGUUUCUUCAGGAAUUCAAUGCUACAGACAUCUUGCUGGGCAUCAUUGGUAAAUCCAAGUGUCCCCGACUAACGGAGAUUUGCGUUGGUAUCCUGGGAAAUAUGGCUUGUUACAAGGAGACCUGUCAGGCAAUCAGUAAUAAUGAUAAUCUUGUUAAUGUUUUGCUGUUGCUACUAGGAGAUUCUGACCCACCUACUCUUUUGGAGACAAGCAGGUUAAUACUGGGCUGUCUUUCUCAGCCAGAUGUGUCCAGCAUUUGGGUUGAUCAAAUCCACAAGCAACACUCUGUUCGGGAGAACGUAUGUUUCAUAAUGCAGAGCUCUACAAAUGCUGAUUUGUUGGGGAAGAUUGGUGAGGUGGUCGAUAAACUCUUUGAUUUGGACAAGGAACUAAUGCUAAGCUGGGUCGUGGAGUCAAAGGGGUUGGCUGAUGCAUCAACUAUAGAAAAAGAAAACUCAGCUGAAACUGCAUUUGUCCCUUGCUUAUUGGAAGCAGCCAGACAACUCAGGUCAGACAGUAUUGAAGGGUUAGAAGUUUACAUGCAUAUACUACAGCUGCUCACUACAACAGAUGGAGGAAUGCAGGCAAUAGUAAGAACUCCAGACAAGGCUGAGGCAACCUGGACUCUACUGUAUGACAUAGUUCGCACUGAUCUUUGUCAGGAUGAUGACCCAGCUAUCAUUGUAGAGGAGCAGGCAAGUGUGUUGUCCUCCACUCUGGCUGUCCUUUCAGCAAUAUUUGCAUCAUGCAUGGAGGAGAAUUACAUCAAGAUUGAGCGAAACCUUCCUUUGCUUGAUACGCUGCUGCGAGUUUUGUUCUAUGCAGAGGAAUCUCAAAAGAGACCAUCAGAGAGAACAAGGAGACCCAGCACAGACAAGUGGUCUGUGCCAUCUCCGAUAUCUGGUGCCCAGAAAGGGAAACAGCGGGAAGGAGACUUUCAUUUGAAAAUUCUCCUGGAUAUCUGUUGUGAAUUUCUGUCUGAAAUCUUCAUGAACAUUGGAAAGGAGAUUGUCUCAAAAAGCUUUAAAGAAGGAUUCCUGAGCCAAGAAAUGUGUACUUCUGCUUUUCGCCACCUCCUCCCUCAGUAUCAUACAGCUGUUGAAAAAUUCCACACCAUCGUAUUGGAAGUACAACCGGACACUGCGGAACAAUUACUACUGGAGUUUCCCAAUCUAAGAUCCUCACUGGGAGUUGUUGCUGCCACUGAGAGGGGGGGUACUAUGUUGUGUGGAGCAGAUGGCCGCAAGACAGAAAAACUCUUAAUUGUCUAAAUGCACAUACCUCUGCCAGACAUUACCUGGCAACAAUAACGUUGUCAAUCACAGACAUAUCACAUCACACAACUGUAUUUGGAUUUGUGAGCAACACAGGAUCGCGUGUUCAUAAUUGGAUUAAUGUCCUUAUACAGUGUUUGUUUGAGUAUUUAUGCAGUACAUGUGAGGUUUCUUUCUCGAUGUAAAUGUGAAAGAGACUAGCAGUUGUGGAAAAUUUCAGGAUUGCUAAAGUUACCGACAAAUAUCUGCUCUGUUUUGAGCAUCCUGAGAAUGUGACAUCUCAGGAGCAGUUUCAUCUUGAACCAUCCAAGGACAUGUCACAGUUUCAGGGCUGAAAGUUGACACCUAAAGCUGCAGCCUUUAUCUUUAUGUUUACCCUGCUGAAGCUGUGAUGUGUUGAACUAUAAAUGUGCUCUAUCAGCACUAACCUGUUUACUAUGUUACUUAUGCUGAAAAAUAUAAUAUUCAACAGUGCGUAUUUUUCUUCAAUAAAUGUUUGCUUUGCUAUCUCAAUCAGCGGUCAGUGAAUAAAGAAUGUUUAGCUGA